CGGUCUUUCUGAUGAGGAGACCCCAUACUUUGCUGCGGGGCGACGUGCGCGGGCCGCUGUCACACCCAAGCCCAGGUCUGGAAUCAAUCUAGAUCAGGCAUUGUGGAGAUGAACCGAUCCGUGGAAUAUAAUAAGCUUUGUUUGACAUUUAUUUUCCGAUCCGCUAGGCAGUGUCCGUCGCUCCGCGGUGUUUCGUCAGCCAGGGGGAAAUGCAUAUGGGACGUAUGGCAUAUAAGAAUGAAGGAAAAGUCGUCUUGGUCGAAUUGAGAAUAGUCUCGGUAGUUAUUCCAACAACAAUAACAUCAUCAAUAACAACAACAAGUUUCCAAAGUCAAAGCCACCAUGAAGUCCACCACAGUCCUCGGUCUCGCGGCCGCAAUCCUGCCUACCCUUACAGCGGCGUGGUCGCCUAUGUCGCUCUUCCAGAGAGAGACUGCUGCUGCUGCUGCUGUUCCGGCCGUUCAGAAGCGAACUCUCGACCCUGCAACAUCAAACACAAACAACACCUGUCCGGGAACCUACAACUGCUCAGGUGAAUCCUACUUUGCCGCGCCUAUCAGAACCGCAACUGCUAAUGCUCUCAACACAGCCUCCAAGAUCUCCAAGGCCAUCCAGGCCGCUGAGUGCUCGCACAACACGCGUACCUCCUCGCAGACCUUUGCCGUUUUCGUGACUGACCACCAGUACGACUCGUCCCACGGCGCCCCUUACGGUACCUGCAGCGCGUACAGCUGCACGGUCCCGACCAGCGCCGAGAUGACGGACUCGGACUCAGACUGCUGGACGUUCUUUUGGGACGACAGCGGCGCAGAGUCGGGCUUCGGCACCAACUGCAUCCAGGACCCUUCGACGGGCGAGUGCGGCUGCGAGAACUCGGACGGAACUUUCGUAGCCGGCAGCGACAGCUGCACGUAGAGCGGUGCUGGACGAAAAAGGUCUGCUCUAGGCGCAUGGGUUAUUCGAGUAGAGAUAGGGGGCCUGGCCCAGAUCAUUGUUAAAAUUGUAGAAAACAAGACAAAAAAUGUUAAAACAUCCCAUUGGACUUUGUUAGCUCGGUGGCGUAUCAAUGACUAUAUCGUUGUAACUGAUGGGUGUCCUGGGAGGUCACAUGAGGAAACCAUCUUUGAAUCAGCCAGCAGUGGAGAUUUCUUAUCGAGCCCACAAGUCACAGAACGAGGGCUAUUGACCGAAUAUAGUAGGCAUUUAUUCCAAAUAUAACGGUUUGCUCUGAGCCAAUUCGCGUAUCUGGAUCGGAACUAGAAUACGA